AUGGUGCAGAUCUUUCCAAACAAGAUCGUCAUCAUGAGCGCACGUAAGAGUAACACCCAACAGCAAAUGGAGCACGAGGUGAGGGAGGAGCGCGCCGUUCUCCAGCUUCUGGCGUCCCCCCUGGUGUCGCGAUCCCCGUCACCGGUCAGCGAGGCUGACGAGGAGUCCACCGGGGAGAUCUCGGACGUGGAGCUGCCGUCCGAGGAGGAGGACCCAGGAGCAGACGCGACGGAGAUCGCAGAGGUCGUCGCCAUCUCUUCCGACGAGAGUGGGCCAGAGGACGCGAGUGAGGAGGAGGAGAAGGAGGAGGGGACGGAGACCGUCAGUCCCGAGGUGUCCUCGGACGAGGACGACGUGGCGCGGCGAGCGGCGAGGGACCGGAUGAUCUUCCGCCGCCCGCAGCCGCCGCAGAAGCAGCCACAGCCGCCGCAGGAGCAGCCACCGCAGGAGCAGCCGCCGCAGCCUCCGCUGUCGGCACCGCAGUCGCCACCAGCACCGCAGUCGCCAUCGGCAGCGCAGCCGCCGUCGGCAACGCAGCCGCCGCUACCGCCACCACGUGCGCCGACGCCACCACCACCGCCACCACCACGCUCAACAUCACCACCACCAUCGUCGCCGCCGAGGCAGCAGGAGUGGCACCUGCCACAGGCGCAGGUCGCGCAAGCGCUGCGGACCAUCGUGGUGGAGGGGCGGCGGUGUCAUCAGCAGACGGUCACGUGGAUGUGGCCCGCGCCCGAGGAGGCAGCAGAGGAGGCCAGGAUGCGAGUGGCCAUCGAAGCCAUCGAGUGGCGGCGCCCACCGCCGUUGAACCCGCGCGAUCCAAGGGCCAAGUCGGCGAAACGCGUCGCGGAGACGGCCGAUCGCGAGGGACCGGAGGUGACGCCCGAGGAGGAGUGCGAGGCCCAGGAGGGGCUGGAGAAGGGGCCAUGGGAGUGGCCAUCACCGCCGGAGACGUCGCGGGACGCGGGGCCACCCCCGAAGCUGGCGCGGCAGACUUCGUGCCCGGAGUCGCGAGCCCCACCGGCGAGGCCGACGCUGCGAAGACAGCAGUCGGAGGGCGCGGAACCGUGGGCGGAGGUUCCGGAGGCGGAGUGGCCGGCGCGGGUGGCCGAAGAAGCGCAACGACAGCGAGAGAGGCAGAGGAAGGCCAGGUGGGCCAAGCUCGUGCUGAAGGAGGGACAGCGCUACCGAGUCAAGGUAGCAUGGGGCCGGGUGCGGGUGUUUAAGGCCCAAUAA